AUGGACGAUUACAAGCAAAUAGGGCACCAUGAAUGCAUAAGCUCUCAGAAAUUCCCAUUUUUAGUGUCUUUGCUACAACUGCAUGGGAAAUUUGUGAAUGAUGUAAUUGAAGAACCUAGCUACGAGCACGAAGAGAAAAAAGGAGAAGAAGAAGAAGAUGAUGAUGAUGAUGAAGAAGAAGGAGGAGGAGGAGGAGGAGGAGAAGAAGAAGAAGAAGUAAAGGAAAAGGAAAAGGAAAAAGCAGAAGAAGAAGAAGAAGAAGAAGAAGAAGAAGAAGAAGAAGAAGAAGAAGAAGAAGAAGAAGAAGAAGAAGAAGAAGAAGAAGAAGAAGAAGAAGUAGAAGAGGAUGGGGAAGAAGGAGAUGUUGAGAAAAUAAAUGAUAAGAAACAUGCCACUGAUAUAUCACAAGAAUUGGCAAAGUUGCUUUCAAGACCCGUGAGGGAGAUAAAAGAUUACAUUAGAUCUCUAAAUGAAGAUUUGGCUGUGCCACCAUCGAACAUUGACAAUUUGUUUGGUGAUAAUCUUAAUGAUGGAGAUAUUGACUAUGAGAACCAUAUAAGUACGGGACUACCAGAUUUAGAUGAACAAUUAGGUGGUGGUAUUCCAAUAGGUGAAGUUAGCGAGGUGUUUGGUGCGAGUGGUUGCGGCAAGUCACAGUUUGUUUACCAAAUAAUACACAACAGCAUAUUACAAGGUGAAAAAAAUACUGCUGUUCAUGUUGCCACUGAGUCUUUUAUGGAAUCAAAGAGAUUGAAAGAUAUUUUUGAAAGCGACAGUAGCAGUAGCAGCUCCUUGAGCUCUAAGUUAGACCGCAUGUCCUACAUAUAUUGUCCCGACUUGGAGACACAAGAUCACAUUUUAUUCACACAAUUACCAAUACAUCUACAAGAAAAUAUAGGAAAGACAAAGUUAUUGGUAAUUGACUCAAUUGCACAACAUUUUCGUCGUGAAGAUGCCAUGUCCACGGCAUCAACAUUGAAGAACCAAAUUGAUGAACAAGUUCUUGAGCUAGCUCAAGAUGAAGAGUUCAAAUCCACAGUAAUGCCCAAUCAUAAGAAGCAGUUGAAGCUUGUUUCGUACAAGUCUGCCAAAUACGCGACUCGCUCAACUAAAUUGCAUUAUUUAUGCCAGAUGUACCGACACCUCGCAAGACUAGCCAGACAAUACAACAUCGCAGUAGUAAUAAUAAAUCAAGUCAGUGCACAUACGAAUGAUUACGACGACCUUCGAAGAUGGGAAAAUGCACACCAUGAGGAGUUAGUGUACCCAUUGAAUUAUGAUUUUCAAACAUUGGUGUCUGCUGGGUGGGACCCUAAAGUGAUUUCCAAAUAUUUACCAGCUACAUCUGUGCGUCUCAAUGAACGGGAUAUAGAGCAUUUGGAGAUGGAAAUAUCCCAACAUCUAGAUCCUUUUGGUGCGACUAGAAGGCGGAAAAGGCGACGAACAGAUGAUAAUAAUGAAAACAAUGAUGAUGACGAUGAUGAUGACGAUGACAAAGGUGAAAAUAACAUUAAUAAUAUCAACAAUGGUGAUGAUGAUGAAGGUGUUUAUGAUGGUAAUGAAUAUGAAAAUAAAACCUUGGAUAUGGAGAGAGAUCCGCGGUACAAUAAAGUCAAGCAAUCUGAUCUAUUGGAGACUCGGAAGGAUCUCAUAUUGAAAGCUCAUGAAAUGCGGAAUAAAAAUACCAAAAAAUUAGUACCAACAUUGGGGUAUCCGUGGUCUGUAAGAAUACAAAAUCGCAUCAUGCUAAUGAAGACUUACAAACCAAUCCUCAAGCUGAAGUCCGAACUUGAAGAAGAAGAUGAUGAUAAAGAAAAAGAAAGAAGAGGAGAAGGCUUACUUGAUAAAAAGGUUUCUCUGGUGGAUCCUGAUUCCGGAUUGACUUAUGCGCAGCUAUGUGAGGGAUUCAAUACACCAACAUCUUCGAGCUCUGGCAAUCAGGAUAUUGCAGCUAGCCUGCUACUCAAAGGCUGGCAGGUUCAGCGGUUUGCUAGAGUGGUUCAGAGCUCACAUAAUCAUGGAAGCGGACCGAUGGAAAAUGUAGCUUUUGAAAUUCGAAAAGAAGGGUUAGCGCAGAUGCAACCAUCAUGA